CCUGAAUGAGUGAGCAGCCUUGGGUCUGUGGACCCAAGCUGGACACAGGCCUCGUAUGGAUGAGGGUCUCGCUGUGCCAGGCUGGAAGGAAAGUUCAGACCCGACAGAACUCGCUGUUAAACUGAUAAGACACUUCCAUGUCUCAGCUGAACCAGGUUUCCCAGCUUUUUUCCAGGCAAAAUAAGGAGGAGUUCCACUCUGCAAAUCCCAGCACUUCCUUGUCGAUACAUUAGUUAAAUUCAUAUUUACAAAAGAGGAACAUGUAUGGAGAGCUUCGCACGGGCAGCGCAGCGUGUGAUAUUGUGUUAUUGAGUGGAACAGUAAAGGUCCUGGUGAGGACAAAGUGUUGGGAGCCACAUGAAACGGCAGUGGUCUACCAGCGCUAUCUGCACCGCCCCACGCACGUGGAUGUCUCUGUUGUAGACCGCUCCUUGAUCCAGGUUUUUGCCGGCGGGAUUGCUGCCCUCACUCAACGGCAUCGACAGCAAACCGUCACCUCCGACCAGAACCCACAGGGGGGGCCGUGAGAGCAUCUGGCCAGCGUGGGCAUCGUACGCACCGCAGGGAAGAUGAAUAUCCAGGUUCUGCCAGAACAUAAGCUCUCGUCGGUGGCCCCGCUGAAACAGUGCAAUGUGGAGAAGAAAGAGGUAGAACUGUUACUGGUGAAGGACCAGAAUGGCGUCCAGUACACCAGUUCCUCCAUCCUUCCUUCGCCUGGCUGCGGCGCAGGUCCUCCCGGAUCCACCACCGAGGUCGAACGAGAAACUUGGGGCAAGAAAAUAGACUUUCUCUUGUCGGUCAUUGGCUUCGCGGUAGAUCUAGCCAAUGUUUGGAGAUUUCCUUACUUGUGCUACAAAAAUGGAGGAGGUGCCUUUUUGAUCCCCUACAUUCUUUUCUUGGUCAUUGCGGGGAUGCCAUUGUUCUAUAUGGAACUUGCCUUGGGCCAGUAUAAUAGGGAAGGGGCAGCAACAGUUUGGAAAAUAUGCCCUGUCUUUAAAGGUGUGGGCUACACUGUGAUCAUCAUAGCACUGUAUGUAGGUUUCUACUACAAUGUCAUCAUUGCCUGGUCCCUCCACUACCUGUUCUCCUCCAUGACACGCGAGCUUCCGUGGCUCAACUGUGGCAACAGCUGGAACAGUCUCAACUGCACCAGCCCAGAGUCUAUUAACGGAUCCGUCCUCGGGAAUGGAACUUCCUAUGCCAAGUACAAGAUCACCCCGGCAGCUGAGUACUAUGAGCGGGGUGUGCUGCAUCUCCAUGAAAGUAAGGGCAUCCAUGACCUGGGCCCGCCUCGCUGGGACCUGUCAUUAUGUCUGGUUGUGGUGGUCUUCAUCCUCUUCUUCAGCCUGUGGAAAGGUGUCAAGUCCUCAGGGAAGGUGGUGUACAUCACAGCUACCAUGCCCUACGUUGUCCUUUUUGUGUUGCUGAUCCGAGGCAUAACUCUACCAGGGUCCAUGGACGGCAUCAGGGCCUACCUACACAUCGAUUUCAAGCGACUCAACAAUCUGGAGGUGUGGAUUGAUGCUGCCACACAGAUAUUCUACUCACUAGGAGCAGGAUUCGGUGUGCUCAUUGCAUUUGCCAGUUACAACAAAUUUGACAACAACUGCUACAGGGAUGCCCUGUUGACCAGUACGGUGAACUGCGUCACAAGUUUUUUCUCAGGGUUUGUCAUCUUCUCUGUGCUUGGAUACAUGGCGGACAAACAUGGAGUGAAAAUAGAGGACGUGGCAACAGAGGGGGCAGGACUGGUGUUUAUCAUCUACCCUGAGGCAAUUGCUACAUUGCCAGGCUCGACGUUUUGGGCCAUCGUAUUCUUUGUUAUGCUACUGACUCUGGGCAUUGACAGUGCGAUGGGUGGCAUGGAGGCUGUCAUCACAGGCCUGACGGAUGACUUCAAGAUCCUCAAGAGAAAUAGGAAACUCUUCACCUUCGCCACAGCCUUUGGAACCUUCCUGCUUGCCCUGUUCUGCGUCACGAAUGGUGGGAUCUAUGUGCUGACCUUGCUGGAUAAGUAUGCGGCGGGGACUUCUAUACUAUUCGGUGUGUUGAUCGAGGCCAUUGGAGUGUCAUGGUUUUACGGUGUGGACCGCUUCAGUGAAGACAUCGAGCGGAUGAUGGGCUUUAAACCAGGACUCUAUUGGAGGCUGUGCUGGAAGUUUGUCAGUCCAGCGUUUCUUUUGUUUGUGGUUAUAGCCAGUGCUGUAACAGCAUCGGGCCUCAAGUAUGAUGAUUACACCUUCCCCUAUUGGGCCAACUACGUCGGCUGGGGCGUGGCCAUGUCCUCCAUGCUGUUUGUCCCCCUCUAUGCUAUAUAUAAAUUCCUCAGCAUACCAGGAACAAUCAAACAGAGGAUAGCCCUUUGUAUCACUCCAGAGCAUGAACAUCAUUUGGUGGCUGAUGGAAAUAUACGGCAAUUUAAACUCAGUCAUUGGUUGGCCAUCUGAGGGCACACACUUCUCUUAUCCAUUCUCACGUCUGUUGUGUGGACUUCCUGUGUGCUACCAGUGAUCAAACUCAUGAGGAGAGCAACAGGCUCCAUCAUCUCUGAGCAGAUUUACCACCCAAGGCAUUUGUUGUCAACUGCAGCGUCAAGCUCUGUCAUGCUUAAUCAUCUUUUGAAACCAUUGUACCACCUCAGUCUCAUAAGGGAGGGGCACACUGCCCAUGGACAUUAAUAUGAUUUUGUUUAUUCUGAUUAUUGAUUAUUAUAAUAUUUCAUUUCUAUAGUUUGUGAUGUGACUCUUAUCUCCUAAAGGGAUAGAAACUAAAAUACAAUCCAAAACCAACCUCCUUGUCCCUAAUCCUGUACAGGAGACAACGUGUUCCUGCAUUUAGAAUUGUUUUGGGGCCUGUGGUUAUUUAUUAUCACGUUAAUAAUGUCAUUUGUUAUUUUGUCUGAGGGGCUUAUACGUGUCAGUGCCUUAUCAAGCAAGACACUCCAUGUUUUUUUUAACAGUCCGUACAGGAACAAAUCAAAUAAAAACUUUGUUGACUCAGGAACCCACUAAAUCAAACAACGGUCGCUGUUGAUCUUGGUCCUUUGGUCCUUUGAUAUUCAAGAGAAGGAGCUGUAAGCAUCAAGGAGCGCUCCUUAGCAAAGACAAAACAGGCCUGAUAUAACGCUUUAGUGUGACGUUGAAUGUUUGAGGAAAGGGAAGAAUGCAAGUAUUGCUCAGCAGUUUAAAAAAAAGAAAAGAAAAAGAAAA